CUCUCUCCCUCUCUCUCUCUCUAUAUAUAUAUCUGUUGGAGUCGCAGUUUCCAUGGAGGAGAUGACAAAGAGACAAAGUUGUAGAAGACCCUGUUCGAAUUUAUUGCCUGGUCUAGCCAUGCACCAAGAUUCCAAGCAAAUAUCAAAGCCCAAGCCAAAGAUACGCAUAAUUCACAUAUUUGCGCCAGAAAUCAUCAAAACCGACGUGGCGAACUUCCGGGAGUUAGUGCAACGGCUCACCGGAAAACCCACCGAGAAGGGCGGAAAAAAGAAACCGAAAAUUCCCAGAAGAGAAGAGCCCAGAAGUGCUAAUUCGUCGACCGACAAGCCGCCGGCGGCGGCGGUGACCAAGAAAAUGGAAGGGAUGUGGAAUGGUGAGAAUUCAGGUGGGUUCUUGGGGGGAUUUGCAGAUUUGGAGGGUUUUAUUCAAGAUCUUGGUGAAUUGCCGUUUCUACCCUUGGAUGCUUCUUCCCACAUGCAUGGCUUUGGGGAAGCUCAACUUGCCUAGCUAGCUAGAUACUGAAACAAAUCAAAUGGUUUUUUCUUUUUCUUUCUCUUUUUCUUUUUUAAGAAUGUUUGAUCGUUAAGAAAUUUGUUUUGUUGGUGUUUUAGAUGGUUUAACUGAUGAUUUUUCAUCUUCUAGAAUCUCUCUCUCUCUCUCUCUCUCUCUACUUUAAUUUUCUGAUACUCUGAGA